AUGGCUACAUCUGAACAGCAGAAGAUAGCUAACAGGAAGCUGAGUCAGUGGAUAGAGAAUGAUCGAAGAAUUGUGACGUAUAGAGACAUAAGUAGAGAGAUAGGAUGUCAUGUGAAUAUAGCUAAAAAUCUGCUAUCGGAAUAUUCCCAAUCACAUUCUGAAGUUAUACCGACGUUCUUGUUGACAGGACCAUUAUUAUCUGAAUCAAAACUGUCUUACACGCAAUUACCUUCAUUGACACAAUCUUACAUUCCUACAAGUAGAAUAGUCAAGAUUGUAGAUAUGGAUGAGAUGAGUGAAGGUGAUAGGAAUUCGGAAGAUGAUGAUGGAAGGGAUAGAAUGGACAUUGGGAACGAUAAAGGUGAUGAUGAAAAUGGUAUUUCUGGUGGUAUCAUCUUAGGAGGAUCUGGAGGAAAGAUACAAGAUGAUCUGAUCAAAAAGGAAGAUGUAGAUAGAUGGGGUGUUGUACUGGUCAGUAUAGAAAACUUGGAAGAGAAGAAACAUCUAUUCCAACAAGAUAAAUUAAAUAUACAUAUACAUUCAUUAUCACCUUCUCCCAUAACAGACCCAGCACAAUACCUCAUACCUAAUUUGACAUUAAGGCAACACCAAAAUUAUCAUAAUCCCGAUGUCUACGGUACGAUCACAGGUGAAGCUUUCAAACCUUCCAUCGUGGUACAAGAAAAGAAAGUCAUGAAAGAUGGCGGAAUCGAUUGGAGUAAGAAGGUAGUUGCCGGUAAGAAGGUCGAAGCGAACAAGGUCGAAGAACCCAUCAAGAAAAAGGAUGAAUCCAAGAAGUCGACAGAUCCCAAGCAGAAAGAAAACGAGAAACAGGAAAUCGACAAGGUGGAAGACAAACCGAAAAGGCCAUCUUCAUCUUCGAUCGCGACUUCCUCCAAGCCUACUCCUGCUCCAGCAUCUGCACCAUCAGCUUCAGCUUCAGGAAGUAUGUCAAAGAAGAAAAGAGUUAUUCAAUCAGACACAGAAGAAGAUGAACCUGCUCCACAGAAAACGAAAGAUAAAGAACAGACUUCCUCAAUGGUAAGGAUGGAUGAUCAAAAAGCCAUGGAAGCUAUGAUGUCAAUGGAUAUGGAUAUGGACGUUGACCUUGGUGUAUCGGAUUCUGAGCAAGUCAAGACGGAGCCUGGUGCACAUAUAGGAAACAAAGUAAGAAAAAAGAGGAGGGUAAAGAAAAGUAAAACGGAGACUGAUAAGAGGGGUCGAAUGGUCGUUAAAGAUUAUUCAACAGAUGAAUCAUACACCGCUUCUGAGAACGAUGAAACUCCAACAGCGACAAAACAGAGAUCCACCAAACCUACCACCACCACGACAACAACAGCUAAACCACCAAUCAAAGCUAGAGAAUCAACUUCCUCAGUAGGAAGUGAUAGAGGCAAAACCCCAGCUAGCUCAGCAUCAGCAUCAGCAUCCCAUCCCGCCAAAAAACCAGCCGGUCCGGCAAGGGGUCAAAGUACACUCAAAGGGUUUUUCACCAAAAAAUAG